UCGACAUGCCACAAGUCACAAACUACAAACCAUGUGACGAAAUAACCUAUGAAAGUUAUUUAUAUGAAAAAGACAUAUUUUGGUUGCACAUUUUAUUAGCAUUUUCGAAUGAUGGAGAGUGGAGAAAAAAUUACGCGUGUAGAAGAUAUAUUAAACGAAAGCGCAGCGUCUGUGCAAACUAAAGAUGUAUCAGCGUCUUCAUCCAAUAAAGAGAAACGUGAGAAAUUAUGUAUUCCGAGGGGUAAACCAAAAUCUGGUAGGAUAUGGAAGGAACAAAAAACAAAAUUUUCUUCAAUAAUUAAAACACGUGGUAUUCGAUUAUCACUAGCUAAAAAACAAAAGUUAAGAGAAGAUCUGAAACGUGUUAAGGAAAUGUCAAGAGAGAUCAAAGCACAAAAACAGGCAGAAAAAGAGAGUAAGAAACAACGAAGAAGAGAAAAUUUGAAGAGAGCAGAAGAGAAUCGAAAGAAGGGUGAAGUAGUACAACCUAUUAAAAAUCUUUCAAAAAUAAAAAGAAUGAAGAAGAAACAAUUAAGAAUGAUUGAAAAAAGAGACACAAGUAACAUGUAAUAUUAAAAAAAAAAAAAAAAAAAACAAAAAAAACAAUAUAAA